CAAACAAUUCUCCAGAGAAUCAGUCUUCCUUUGUAAUUUAGCCUCUUAUGACAAGAACUGAAGCUUAGGGCGAUAGCGAGGAAAGGAAUCUGGAAAGAUCACGCUAAAUGGUCUCCUGCAGCCACUGUUACGUUCAUGUAUGAGCCUGACAUUAUUAUCAAUGAAGAUAUGAUGGACACUUUGACAGACGACGAAAAGAUUGACUUGAUUGAGAGCAGCCCGACCAAAGUUUUUGACUUUGAUGCUGUCACCAGACAGGUUGUGGUGGUUGAUCCAGAAGCAUACACUUACGAUGAAGAAGUGAUCAAGAAAGCAGAAGCCAUGGGGAAACAAGGGCUCAUUGAGAUCCGUCCGAAAGAUGACAGUUUUAUGGAUUUUUACAGUCACUUUGAAGGAGAUCAAGAAGAGUUGGCGCAGUAGCGGUCCAACAAAUGUUCUCUCUUCAAGCGAACUGAAGCUUCCCUGGUCUUAAUCAAUGGUGAAAGAAGACAUUUCUGCUCAGAAGGUCGCGGUUGG